AUGUGCUGGGACAAAUUGGACUAUCCGAUGGGAGAGGCAAAGAAGCACAGGGAAGAGAUCACUCAAUCCCUUUUUCAAAUGCAGGAAGCACGAAACAAGUCUACACAAGGGCUUGAUGACAAGCAAGACAUGGACGAUUACAAGUCUUCCAGCUUAUAUGUAAGCCUGGUGCGGACACAGCAAGAGUUUCAAGAGUCUAUCUCGAAGUCAAUUGACCUUCAAAUUUGGAGUCUUGAAGGGUGGCAGGAUACCUUGAACUGGAACCAUGAUUUCCAUAACAACUGGACGGAAGAGGCGAAUAAGCAAAAGGAAGCGAUGAUUCGAAUCACUACUGAGUUGCAGGAAGCACGAAAUGAAUGCAUCCAAGGGCUUGAGUAUCUUCUAGUACAAUAUGUUGGGAUACAAAAAUAG